CUCGUUAAUGGGGAGGAAUAGCCAGCAACUGCUCAGAGGCUGAAGUCUGUGUAUACAUCGAGUACAGCAAAGAGGACAGAAAGCUGCGGAGAGAGAGCAAAGAGAGAAGUAUCCUGGGAUAGGAACGAAAGAGUUUAUUGUGGCAGAGACGCCGCAGGGUGGCAGUACCUGUGACCUCUCUCACUCCCUCCGCCUUCUGGACGGCUUCCUCCCACUCCUUUCCUUUUAUUUAUCCCCAGACGUUCCUUGCUUUGGCCACCUCUCACUGUCUGCCUUUAUGGACUCACCGUCCUUGAUUGUCAUUCCGCCAACUCCGAUUCGAGACCACCUUCCACGCACCCCGCAUCCGUCACCGACGCCAACCUCUAAAUCAUCUAUACCCGAGUUAACACCAUCCACCACCGACAGAGAGAGAAGCUCCUCUGAAACCACGAUUGUUACCAUCUACUCGAUGUAUGAAGAAGAGGAGGACGACAUUCGCAGCUGGCCUGCAUCUGAGGAGGUCGCCGUUGUAGGACACCGACAUAAAUCAUCGAAGGAUGUGAACCUUGUUGCUGUGGCUCGUAUACCUGACUACCGUCAUGAUUCAUACUUACGACCGGGCUCAAAUGGAAGAUUCAUUGGCGUUACCGAUGAGGACAGUGCCUUCUACGAUGCCACGUACGGAACGUCCAACACACGGCUGAGUGUCGUUGACAAGCUCGAACUCAUGCGGCAUUCCGUAGCCUCGGAUGCUUCAGUGCAACUUGCAUAUACUGAUAGUCGCCCAUCAUCCAGUUAUGUCCGCAGCUCGACCCUCACAAGCGCCUCGGGAGCACCAGAACACAAUGCUCAGCGCAGCAAUGCUCUUUCUCAACGCUCGUCGUCUUUCCAGAACAGCAGACCCAAUAGUGGAUACGACGCCCUGGACACUCAUGCAGGAAGACGUAGCCAUACUCUGUCUCCAGAUCCUCACGCACACAACUCGCCAAUAAGCAGAUCAUCAAGCAGACCAACUUCUUAUUGCCAAUCUCCUGCAUCUUCGCACAGGGACUACAGUACACCGAAUGGGCGGGCAUCUCUCACCGGCUCUUCCUCUUCGUCUGCAUCGAAGUCCCUCCUGACAUCCCCAUCUUCUCCUCCCGAUCAAUCGCCGUCAGCUUCACCACCUACCCUGCCUCCCUCUAAUUUACCAUCACCAUCAAAUCCUCUGUCUGGACGUCCUGGCUCCAGUCUUUUGCAUGUACCUGUUUCUCCUAUAACCCCAUCGUCUCCGCAAGACCACAGUUCCAAUUCGUCUGGCAAUUCAUCAAUUGGACCGUCAGAGGGUGAAGACCCAGAUGCAUUCCAUGUGCGGAGUACCUAUGCACAACUAGAUCAGCAGGGCGUGAAGGGUGAUGGUUAUGUUGAAGGUGUGGAGCGAACACGUGCACGAGUAGGAGGUAGUCGGGCGAGUGAGCUGAGAGCUUUAGAGGCACUCGCUGAUGAGAAUGAAAAGACUCGUGAUCUGACAGCUAAAGAGAUUGAGACAUUGGCAAACCUUGACCGUUAUGGUUUCUUUGUCACAAUCUCUCAUGAUCGACUCAUUCUGCUGCCGUCGUCUCCGUUUCUCAAGCCGUUGUCUCGCGUUACACAUACUGUCCCAGGAUGUACGCCCACUGCUACAUCUAUAGCCAAAUUACCACCUGCGCAGCCUCUUGUCAAGGAGACAGCAAGGAUAGCGAAAUGGAAUUGGAUGCUCCAAGUAUCAUCACGUGACGAAGGUGGAAACAUCGACGAGUGGGGAAUCAAGCCUUCAAAACUGCGCAAGUUGAGAGCACGGACAUUCAAAGGGAUUCCGGACUGUUGGCGAAGUGCAGCAUGGGAAGUGCUCAUGAAUCGUUAUUCAAGAGCGGGCAAGCAGCAACUCAUGCAACUUGCUUCACGAUAUCGGGCGUCACUGGAUCAGCCUUCAACGUACGAUGUGCAAAUUGACCUAGACGUGCCUAGGACUAUCACUGGGCAUAUCAUGUUCCGUACUCGAUACGGUCAAGGUCAACGGUCGCUCUUUCAUGUGCUUCACUCCCUUUCUCUUCACUGCGAAGAAUGCGGGUAUUGCCAAGGAAUGGGACCCAUUGCCGCGACACUACUAUGUUAUUUCUCACCCGAGAAGGCAUAUGCCAGUCUUGUUCGAUUACACGACUCCUACGCCAUGCAUAGUAUCUUCAGUCCAGGGUUCCCUGGCCUUCUUGAAGCGAUAUACGUGCAAGAACGGAUAACGGAGCAAAUGAUGCCUGCGGUGUAUGCCGCAUUCAAGAAACAUAUGAUUUCGACGACGUCUUACGCUACGAAAUGGUACAUUACUCUAUUCGCCAACUCGGUACCCUUCCAAACACAGCUCAGGUUGUGGGAUGCAUUCCUGCUGGAAGGUCCGGAUAUUUUUGUCAUUGUGGCCGUUGCUGUUGUAUGGGUCUACAGAGUUUCUUACUUUCAGACCAUAUUACAUCGGAUUCGGCAAACUUUGAAAGUGUCUUAUCCUUGCUAUCAUCGUUCUUCGUUCCUGAAGAUGAAAACGCGCUCCUAUCGUGGAUAAAGAAGGUAGUUUCAGACAAGAAGCUGCGUUCGAGUAUGCAGCAAUGGAGACAAGAUUGGACUCGACUCGUCUCAAGCGGUCAACAUACGCAAGCGCUGCUAUGAUACCGCUUUCUUCACUUCACUCUCGGGGAUUGUUUUUUUCGUUGGUUUUCUGCUGUCCUAUAGUCGUUUCUUCUCAUCCAUUCUCCUCCUCUCAAUCAUGGCAUGGUAUCCUAUUAGAUUGCAUUUUUUUUCAAUCGCUGCUAAUCGUGGUCUUCAUUCACACAUAUUCCUCAUUCCUCUCUUGUGCAUUUGUGCAUCUUGUAGUAGCUGGCAUCUCAAUUCUCACACGCAAUAUUCGUCGUCAACAGUCAGUCGAUUAUCCCUUGUAGUGUGAUUCUGCGAACGCCUUCCAAGCCUUGGUCCUCGCCAGGAAUUUCAACGGGUACGCUGGG